UUAAAAGAAAGAAAGAAGUAUUGAAGAAAACAACAAAAGAGUUUAAUCAGUUUCAAUGGUGUCUCGACUUUUUCCGAAGUUGAAGGCGGUUUUCGGUUCGCGGCUCAGGAAGAUGUCGAGCCGUGGCGGUAGUAAGCACAGGGCUUACUCCGCAAACCCUAAGGACUACAAGCUCAUGGAAGAAGUCGGAUUUGGCGCCAGUGCUGUCGUCUACCGAGCGAUCUAUCUCCCCACUAACGAAGUCGUCGCUGUCAAAUGCUUGGAUCUCGACCGCUGCAACAGCAAUCUGGAUGAUAUAAGGAGGGAGGCCCAGACGUUGAGCCUGAUAGACCAUCCGAAUGUUAUAAAGUCGUUUUGUUCAUUUGUCGUCGAGCGUAAUCUCUGGGUUGUCAUGCCAUUCAUGGCACAAGGUUCUUGCUUGCACCUUAUGAAGGCAGCAUAUCCAGACGGAUUUGAAGAGUUUGCGAUUUGCUCUAUUCUGAAGGAGACUCUUAAAGCUCUUGAUUAUCUUCAUAAGCAAGGGCAUAUCCACCGGGAUGUUAAGGCUGGAAACAUACUUCUUGAUGAUAAUGGAGAGGUCAAGCUUGCUGAUUUUGGUGUCUCUGCAUGCCUGUUUGACAAUGGUGAUAGACAGCGGGCAAGAAACACUUUUGUCGGUACUCCAUGCUGGAUGGCACCAGAAGUCUUGCAGCCAGGAAGUGGAUACAAUUCCAAGGCCGAUAUCUGGUCAUUUGGUAUAACGGCACUGGAGUUGGCCCAUGGGCAUGCGCCCUUCUCAAAAUAUCCUCCCAUGAAGGUACUCUUAAUGACUAUUCAGAGUGCACCUCCUGGCCUUGAUUAUGACCGUGAUAAGAAGUUUUCUAAGUCCUUUAAAGAAAUGGUUGCAAUGUGUCUGGUGAAAGAUCAAACAAAAAGACCAACAGCUGAAAAAUUGUUGAAACACUCGUGUUUCAAACACGCGAAGCCUCCUGAGCUUUCUCUUAAAGGAUUAUUUGCUGAUUUACCCCCACUUUGGAUUCGCGUAAAAGCUCUUCAGGACAAGGAUGCUCAACAGCUGGCUUUGAAGAGAUUGGCCUCUGCUGAUCAGGAGGCUAUAUCACAGAGUGAAUACCAGAGAGGAGUCAGUGCUUGGAAUUUUGAUGUCGAGGACUUGAAAGCUCAAGCUUCUCUACUGGAUGAUGAUGAUGACAAUAUAGCUGAGGGGAAAGCAGAAGAAGAACAGCUUUUCCGGGAACAAUUUCAUAACAAGGUGAAUGGCAGAGGGCAAGAUUGCGGCCAUCAAUUACUAUCUAAGAAUAUGAAUAGAACGGAAAAGGCUUCAGAUAUUGAGGUGGCAGUAGAACCCAUACGGGAAGAGAAAACUGAACCGAAGAACAAUUCCAUAGAACAAAUGGCAUCAAGUUCAGAGCCUGACGGACCGGAGGCAAAGGCUAAACCAGUGAGAUGCCAAAGUCAGAGUGGACCACUUACCCCUGGGAUUGUCUUAAGCCAUUCAGCUUCUGAGAAAGGUCGUGCCUAUGAAAGACCCGAGAGUGAACGCCAGACGACAACAUCAGUCCGGAGGGCACCCAGCUUUAGUGGUCCUCUGAUGCUUCCAAACCGUGCUUCAGCAAACAGUUUAUCAGCUCCGAUUAAAUCUUCAGGAGGAUUCCGGGAUUCCCUUGAUGAGAAGUCAAAGAAUAGUCUAGUUCAAAUCAAAGGACGAUUCUCAGUAACAUCAGAAAACUUAGAUCCUGCAAAGAUAAUGCCUAUGAGAAAAUCUGCUAGUGUUGGUGACCGAAUACUUGAGUCUAAAUCGUUAACGAGCCAAUCCGUCAAGGAGUCAAAUAAUAUUCCUGUGUUUCAUUCAUUCCUCAUGCCUCAACUUCAGAAUCUUUUCCAGCAUACCUCGGUUCAACAGGAUCUUAUCAUGAAUCUACUGAACAGCUUACAGCCUGCCGAGGCAACAGACGGUUCACAAAACGGAAAGUUGCCACCUUUGCCUCGAGGCUCAGAAAGCAAUGGUGUUGUCGAACCCAUGGUUUCUGAGAGGGAGAGGUUACUACUUAUGAAGAUAUCUGAGCUCCAGGCCAGGCUGAACGAUUUGACGGAAGAGCUAGACGCGGAAAAAUCAAAAUACUCCCAACUGCAAGAGCGGAUAAAAGCAGCUGCCACUGGCGAAGAACACACAGAAGCAGAAGAGAGGGCAAAACCCGAACGCUGAGGCGUUAAAGAAAAGAGAGGGAGAUCUCUUUUGUACAUCGAAGCCGGAGACUUGUGCGUAUUGAUCAAAGCAGGGGGAGGAGGCAAGAGCCGUACAUAUUAUUAUUAUUCUCAGUUGGGUUUUUUCUUUGGGAGACAGAAGAAUGAACCAACCAAACCGACGCGCUGAUGUCUGCUUCCGACAAACCCACACAGUCCGAAGAGUUGAGGGAUCCAUAAUAAAAGGGGAAAGGAAGCCUACUGGAGGGGCGCAACCUGGAAAUUGUAUUUGUUUAUUUAAUUUGAAUGAAAAUUUCACGUUUUUGAAAUAAAUUUAUUGUGAUAUAUAUAUAUAUAUUAAGUGGUGAACCAAUGGGUCAUUGUAGGAUUCAGAGGAAGGAGAGAGAGGGGGGCGGAGAGGCUUAUUUAGAAUCCUUUCUGAAUGUAAAUGUUGUGUUUGCUUUGUUUUGUUGUAUCCAUCAAUCUUUCCACUUCUCCUUUUGAAUGCAUCAACUAUUGUAUCAUUAUUA